GUGUGUCGGUGCGGCCAACGAGUGGAAACGAAUGGCAGCGAAUCCUUGGCCGAAGGACUAAGGACGAAGGACGAAGGACGAAGGACGAUGAGCGCGGCAUGUUGCUGCUGUUCUGACUGCCGGGGAGUAUAAAUACCGGAGACGCACGGCCGUCGGCCAUCAGUUCUGCAAACGAUUUCACUUUGGACGCGCGACGCGGUGUUGCUCCUGCUCCUUUCGUUCGUCGUCCCUCGUCCUUGCCACGAAAAUCUCGCCACAAAAUUCAACUUGUUUGUUUGUUUGGAUUUUUUGUUUUUUUUUUUUUUUUGUUGAUUGUGCACGUGCAGCAAAGCAAUGUUCACCAAUUGGCUGACUGGCAGCAGCAGCAGCACGCCGGUAAUUCGCUCCACCGCAGCCGGUAUCGGUGGAGCCGGCAGUGGGACACCGAGCGGAGUCAGUGCCUCCGCUUUGGUGAUGAGCUCGCCGCCGGAUGUUAUUCUGGAGGUGGGUCCGGCACCCAGCAAUGUGCGAUUCGUGGCGCACUCCCUGGUGCUGGGCAUGCACAGUGGUUACCUGCGAUCCGCCAUCCGUUUGGAUGAGGCUUCCGCCUCCGCAUCCGCAACCGCAUCGGUAUCGGUAUCGGCUGCAGCGGGAGCAACAGCUGCCGGUUGCAACCCCUCCACAUCAUCGGCCACGACGGCAUCGGGCGAACUAUUGCUAUAUCUAAGUAAUGUGACGGCCGAUCAGUUUGCACCGCUACUAACCUAUAUGUACACCGGCUAUCUCGACCUGACCGUCGACAAUAUCUUUGCCGUUCUGCUGGCCACCCAUGUGCUGCACAUGCCGCGGGCUCUGGAAAUCUGCCGCUCAUUUUUGGCGCGAGCUCAAACGGAGGGCUAUUUGAACGGCAAUCCCGCCCAGCUUUGUCCAGUGCCCAGCAUUCCCGCCAAGGUCAUCCGGCCGAUACCCAGCAAGGCCACCAUGCCGAACUUCGGCUUUCUACCCAUGCCACAAGCUCCGCCAAGUGCUGCACCUCCGGCCCAUCCAACGGCUCAUCCACCAACUGGCGUCGCUCCAGCUCCGGCUCCAACUCUAAGUUCCUUUGGCGCCAACUCGCACAUGGAGCACGCACAGCCCACAGCCAUGCAGGACAACGAAGAGGAUGAGGAUGUGGAGGUCUUUAUCGAUAGCAAUACGGUGACGGAUAACGAAGCCGAUCUCGAACCGGAUGUGGACAUGGACUGCAAUGUUUCGGUGGUAAGUUCUCUGGCCGGCAGCAGUGCCGGCAGCCUGAACAUCGAGCGCUUGGAUGUGAAGCCACCAACACCCGCACCAGUGGCUGCUGCCACCAUAAUCCCCACUACGCCCAAGCCCCAAUCUCUGCAAAGUCUGCAGGCCAAAGGUCAAAACUCAAGGAGGGAGUCGAAUUCAAAGGGAAGCAGGACGAAGUCCUCCGCGUCCAGAUCGCGAAAAUCCAGUGGCCUGCAGGUGGCCAAGGCUCCUGUGCCGGCUGCCCAAUUGGAUUUGGCAGCUGCCGCCACACCGAUAACGCCCUCGAAAUUCAUCAUCGAUGUGGCCAGUUGCGAUGGACCGGUUCGUUUUCGAAGGAUCCUGAAUACAGCCUACGGCCACAAGCCAGAGGCCAUGGCAUCGGGUGCGUUAGGUGGUCCUGGCUCUGCUCCAGCUGGCGGCGGUUCAACCACAUCCAUGGCGGUGGAGCAACAUCGCAGCCAGCAGAGUGUGAGCUAUUCGUUUCAUCAGCAAAUGGCCAGGGCCAUCAGUAGCCAGCAGCGGCAAUUGAGUCACCAGCAGCAGGAGGAGAGCGAGAAUAGUGGCGAUGCCACACCAGCGGCGGUUGGUAAGCAGCAUGCAACAGGAGCCACCACUGCAUCCUCAUCGAUGUCAGCAGCAGCAACCGCAUCAACGGUUGCUGGCAAUAGAAAGUCACAGGCAACCGGAACGGGAUCUGCAUCCGGAUCAUCCGCUGGCAAUCAGGAGCUCUACGUGUGCGUCUAUUGCAAGCACACCUUUAAGUCGCAGUAUUGCUAUCAAAAGCACGCCAAGCGACACCUGAACCCAUUGAGUUUGACCACCACGGACAAGAAACUGCUGGUGGAACCCGCCGCUGCAAUGGCCAGCACUACCGACAUGGACCAACCAUCGGUGGGUCAGAGUGGUGCGAACAGCUCGGGCGGAUCGGCUGCAUCUGGAAAUGGUGCGACAGCUGCAACAUCCGCCUUGCUGCGUCGGGAGGUUCGACCGCUGGACAUGAAUGUGCAAUAUUAUCCCUGCAAAACGUGCGGCAGCAAGUUUCCCAGCUACUACUUCGUGCACAAGCAUCGCAAAAUGUGCCAUGCGGAUGAGAUCGAGGCGACGGCCACCAGCAACACGAGCAACAACAGCAGCAGCAACACAAGCAGCAGCAGCAGCAACGGCAGCAACAACGGCAGCAACAACAACGCGAAACGCGACGAUCAGCAGACAACACAACAAUCCUAAAGUAAAUAGAGCACAUGCAACAAUGGCACUGGCAAAAUCAAAGCAACGAAAUUUACGAAUUUAUCUACACCUAUCACACACAGAAUGUUUUUUUUUUUUUUUGUCGCUCUAGAAAUGCAAUUGAAUUAAUAAAAAGUACUUAAAAACAA